AUCUCUCAUGGCAGUAUGCAUGGAAGGAGGAGGACCAGCUUCUCUGUGACCGUGAGGAACCAGAACAUCCACAGGAAGAAUCAGGACGUUUACAGUUGAAAGAUGAACCAGAGCAGCUUGGACAGAAGCAGGAGACUAAGACCAACGAGAUAAACCACUGGGAGCCAGAACCAUACGAGGAUCAGCUAUUCGGUCUGAACUCAUCUGACGCUAACAACCAGGAUAAAAAAGAAAUCAUGACUGAAAACUCAGAAUCAAGAAGAAAUGAGGAAUUGAAACAAAAUAAGAGAUGUUCUCAAACCAGAGACCACGGGGUCUGUGUAGAAGUUCCGAAGCUCAAGAGACACAAACAAAUUCACACAGAACUCUCACAGCAUUAUGUCUGGAAGGAGGACCAGCAGCUCUGUUACCAGGAGUGGAACUCCUUUUUGGAUAAGGAGAAACCAGAAGCUCCACAGCAGGAACAAGAAACACAGAUGAAAGAGGAACAGGAAGAACUCUGCAUCAGUCAAGAUGAAGAGCAACUUGUCUUGAAUCAGGAAACGGAUACCUUUAUGGAAACUGCCACUUAUAAGGGAAAAAAUCUAAGUCAACCAGAACCAAAGAGGGUCCAGAUCAUUCCUCAGAACUCUCCUAAAGUUGAGAACCAAGAUCAGGAACAGGGCAGAAAUGAAGACUCUAAACAACAAAAACCCAAACAUCUGCAAAGCAGUGACCACAGUUAUGAUGCAGACAGACAAAGUAGGCCAGGUGAGAAGUGGAAUACCUGGGCAAUUUCAGGUAAAUGCAUUUCUCAAAGUGGUCAUGUGACUCAACACAUGAGAAUUCAGAAAGGUGAGAAGCUUUUUUUAUGUCAGACUUGUGGAAGAUAUUUUAAUCAAAAUGCUCAUUUAAUCAGACACAUGAGAACUCACACAGGUGAGAAGCCAUACCCAUGUGAAAUCUGUGGUAAGAGUUUCUCUCAGAGCAGCAAUUUGACUAUUCACCUGAGAACUCACACAGGUGAGAAGCCUUUCUCAUGUCAGACCUGCGGAAAACAUUUUACUAACAGAAGAAAUUUAAAACUCCACAACAAAGCACACAGGUAGGAAGAUGUUAUCUUAUGAACCUUCCUUAUAGAGAACUUUACUAAUUGGCUUUUAUGUAUGUGAAUGUUCCUGUAAAGUGCCCU